UUUUCCAGACCGAUCGUGUUAUGGCCUGUGCAGUUUGUGUCGAUUUUGACUCCAAUGCGAUCUCUUCGGAACAAACGGCCUCAGACACCCUAAAACAGUCAGUUGAAGACUCCUCGCCUCCUCCUUCUCCUUUACUGAGGAAGAACUCGCUGGAGCUUGAUCAGCCUGUCCUACAGAGUAGACGUCGGAGACUCCGUUGGCUCUGGAGUCGAACAGGGAAGCGUGAAGACUGCCGAACGCCUACAGACGAAAUUCUCUCACCGGGAGAGCUAGAGAGAAGGUUCUUAGCAAGAUACGAAGAUAGGAUUCCGUCUUCGGCAUCUCCUUCGCCGUCAAGGAUGGCGGACGAAGAGGACGAGUUGGAGUUCGAAGAGUUCGGCGGUUGGGGAGCGGAUGCGCCGGUCAACCGUCCCACGGCUCCGGGGCCGGAGCGGCCUCACGCCCCGGAACCAGGCAUGUCUCCCUCGCCCGAACCCGUCUCCGCUUUCGGUCCUCCUCGGCCCGAGCCUCCACCUCCCAUGGAGAUCGACGGCAUGCCUGAACCCACACAGGUCCCGGAGGUAGCACAGGCCCCGGAUGUUGCACAGGCCCCGGAUGAAGCACAGGUCCCGGAUGAAGCACCCAGUACACCUGCUGAGACCGAGGCUCCAGCUGAAACACCCCCAGCACCUGCUGAAGAACCUUCUCCACCAGUAUCGGAGGAAUCACCUGUACCUGAAGACACUAGACCCCCUCCUCUUGAGGAACAGCCUGCCGAAGAGCCGGAAAAGAAGGAAGAGAAGGAUGAAGAGAUGGAGGAGAUGGACGAGGUCGCAGGAAUCUAUGAGGCUAAACAAAAAGAAGAGGAGGAGAAAAGGAGAAAGGAGGAAGAAGAAAAGGGAGAAGACAAGCUGUGGAAGACCAGGGAGGACUUGAAGAUGGAACUGCUUGAGGCCGCAGUUACCGGAGACAUCAUGACUGUGAAGGACAUCGUACAGCGGGGGAUAGACAUCAACGGUGGAGACGAGUUCAACAGGAACGCCCUACACAGGGCAUCUUGCGAGGGACACGUUCGCAUCGUCAAACAUCUCGUCAGCAACGGCAUCAAGCUGGAUAGUUCAGACAAGCUUGGAAGCAGCGCUCUUCACUGGGCUACCAGGUUCGGCCGUCACGCCAUCGUGGACUACCUUAUCGACAAUGGCGCUAAGAUCAACGCCAAGGACAGGAGCGGUGCCACACCGUUGCACGUGGCCGUCCGUGUGGGCUGGUGGCCUGACAUGGUGGAGAAGCUGUUGGACCGUGGGGCGGACAUCAACUGUAAAGACUGGGAAGGAGACACGCCCACCCACGACGCAGCAAGAAUGGGCAGAAACAACAUCCUGCGGAUCCUCAUCAAAAGAGGGGCUGAUAUCAAUCAGAAAAACUUUGACAAAAGCCAGCCGUUUGACAUGACAAAGGAGUGGCAGCUGGAGACAAGGGACUGUCUGACAACAGCGAUGGAGGUCGGCAAGCUCAAGGAGCUGAUGGCAAGGAAGGAUAAGGAGUUGUCUUUGAACCAACGCUGAGAAAUAUUUGAAAAAAAUGACAAGCUUCCUCACAGGUCAAGCUCGGCAGGGUAUUGUGGGUAAGGUCAGAGGUUAUGGCUCUUCCACGUGGCCAGACCGUCUUGAAAAUUGGCUAGGUGCCAUAAACUUUGACCUUAGACCAGAAUGCAUCACGACUACAUGCUCACUCGGAACUGUGAGGUGACAUACACAGUAUGAAAUUCCCAGCAUGCUUUAAACUAAAUUUACUGGUGCUGGCCAAUAGUGGUUUUUACAACAAAUCACACAUUCUUUACUUUGCUCGGUGUCCGAAUGAAAGGGAACUUGUAAAAGAAUAUCAUAAACGGACGCAGUACUGUACAACUAAGAUGUUUUAUCAUCUUCGUCCUGAGAUAGCAUUUAUGUAAAAUGUGUUACAUAUUUGCCAAAAGGCCAUUGAAAUUCAAGUAAAAUGAGCAUUCAAGCCGAUAGGCCACAUAUUUCCACAAUCCCUGGAAAUUAUUUUAGUUUUUGUAACAUUUAAGAAGUACUUAGUACUGUAAAACACCAAACACCAAAGAGAAUGUUUUAAGAUGAAGAUAGAAGGUUUGUCCCUUGCUACAUUGAAAGAUAUGCCUCUAAAGAAAGUGUCUCAUUCAAACCAUUUGAAGUAAUGUCCAAUGCAAGCGGUAUCACUACAAAGAAAAUGCAACUUUUGUUUUAAAAUGUAUCACGAUAAUUUGAUUUUCGAUUUAUGAUGUUUUGAAGCAUGGAAGAGGAAGUUUUUGUCGACAGUCCAAAUGCAUUCAGAUUAGAGGUACUAAAUGUAUAAUUUACUUUUGAUGCACGAUUCUUACCAAGAAGCCACAAAGCCAACAAUGUGUCACUUUAAACUCGACAAUAAAUGCCAUUGUCAUGAAGUAUUU